UAGCCUGUCCCACGGCUGUCAGAAGGCGGCCAGCCGGGGUCUGUGACCGAGUGCUCCGGUGCGAUGGCCUCCCCGCCGCAGGUGCGGGCUCUUCUCCAGGCUGUGAACACGCUGCUGCGCAAGCGCCGCUACCACGCUGCAUUGGCCGUGAUUAAGGGCUUCCGGAACGGGGCUGUCUAUGGAGUCAAAAUCCGGGCGCCUCAUGCACUGGUCAUGACCUUUCUCUUCCGGAGUGGCAGUCUCCGAGAGAAGCUGGAGGCUAUUCUGAGAUCCACGUACACCCACUCUCGGAACCUGGCCUGCUUCGUGUUCACCUACAAGGGCCUCCGUGCCCUGCAGUCCCACGUGCAAGGCGAGACCCACCAGAUGCACACUUUCCUGGCGGCCUUCCUCGGGGGCAUCCUGCUGUUCGGAGAGAACAAUAGCAUCAACAGCCAGAUCAACAUGUAUCUGACAUCACGCAUCCUGUUUGCCCUGUGCCGCCUGGGUGUGGAGAAGGGCUACAUCCCCAAGCUCAGGUGGGACCCGUUCCCCUUGCACACUGCAGUGAUCUGGGGCCUUGCGCUGUGGCUCUUUGAAUACCACCGGCCCACCCUGCAGCCCUCACUGCAGUCCUCCAUGACCUACCUCUACGAGGACAGCAACGUGUGGCAUGACAUCUCAGACUUCCUCAUCUUCAACAAGAGCCGCCCCUCCAAGUAGCACAGCCGAGUGGCCCACGGUGGCUCAGAGUA